GCGCCCGCCCUGACUGCGGCACCGGGGGCUGAGGUGGGCACCGGGCACCGACCGCAGCUCCCCCCGCCCGGACCCCCGUCCGGCCCCGGCACCGAUCCCGGGGAGCGGCGCGAUGGGCGGGGAGGACGAGAUCGUGCGCAUUGCCAGGCGCCUGGACAAGAUGGUGGCCAAGAAGAACGCGGAAGGUGCAAUGGAUUUACUGAAAGAACUGAAAAGUAUGCCUAUGACUUUGGAUUUACUGCAGUCCACACGCAUUGGAAUGUCGGUGAAUGCACUGAGGAAACAGAGCACAGAUGAAGAAGUGAUAUCGCUUGCCAAAUCCCUCAUCAAAUCUUGGAAGAAACUUCUAGAUGCUUCUGAGGAAAAAAAUGAGGAGAAAAAGAAAAGCCUGUCUUUGCCAACAUCUUCCUCCAGGGAUACUGGUAACUCAAGAGACCAAAGCUCCAACAAAAGGCAGGAGCCUCCAAAGACUCCGACCACCCCCAAAAUCACCACCUUCCCUCCGGCCCCCAUCACCUGCGAUGCUGUGCGCAACAAAUGCAGGGAGAUGCUGACAGCAGCUCUGCAGGCUGAUGAUGACUACAUCGCCAUCGGUGCUGACUGCGAGCACAUAGCAGCCCAGAUUGAAGAGUGUAUCUACCAGGAUGUCAAGAACACCGACAUGAAAUACAAAAACCGCGUCAGGAGCCGCAUCUCCAACCUGAAGGACUCCAAAAAUCCUGAGCUGAAAAAGAACGUGCUGUGUGGGGUCAUCGCCCCCGAGCAGAUCGCAGUGAUGACCUCAGAGGAAAUGGCCAGUAAUGAGCUGAAAGAGAUCAGGAAAGCCAUGACAAAAGAAGCAAUUCGAGAGCAUCAGAUGGCCAAGACAGGAGGGACACAGACUGACCUCUUCACCUGUGGGAAAUGCAAGAAGAAGAACUGCACCUACACCCAGGUGCAGACCCGCAGCUCCGACGAGCCCAUGACCACCUUCGUCGUGUGCAAUGAGUGUGGGAAUCGCUGGAAGUUCUGCUGACAUGUGCCAUGGCCCUAGAGCGGCAGCCAAACGCAGACCUGAGCGCAGCCUCCGCACGCCGGCUCCCACGGCAGUUGUGUUUCGUGUCCCAGUGAGUUUGCAUUGUCACAUGCUGAGAGCAGCAGCGGGGAGGCCUGGGCCUCAGAGAGCCACAGCCUUGGGCUGACAGGUUGGCAGGAGAGCUCACUAAACACACCCAGUCAUUACUUCCCAUCUAAGCGAGUACAGUCACUUUCUCUUCAAAACUAAUAUUAAACAUUUUUGUCAGUUUCUGACUUUUAUUUCAA